AUGCAAAAAAAAUUCCAACAAUGGGUGCAACUGCAAACUGGUCAUUAUAACGAAAUGGUGGUUUCCGGUGGGAAGGAUCACCUACCUCCACCAUUACUUUGGUUCUUGAAUCACAAGAACCGAUCGGAGAUGGAUCCUACGACACACUCUCUUCCACCUCCGUUUCAUACAAGAAACUUCAAUCUUCACCAGUUCCAACAGCAAAAUUCCGAAGAUGAACAAAGCGGCACCAGCGGUCUCAACAUGGGUGGCCAAAAAAUAGACCGUGAAGAGAAGAACAACGACGAGAUGUUAAACACCAGCGGUGGUGGUGGCAGCAGUGAAGGCAAAGACGGAGAAAUGGGAAGAAGGCCCCAGAGGACGUCCAUCAGGGUCAAAAAACAAACCUAA